UCAAGAAUUGACAGGAGAGAGAAGAAUUCAGUGAGGGGGCCACUGAGGAACCCAGAGCGCGAAAAAGCACAAGACAACAUUGGCGUUGCGGGGAAUAUUAAAGCACCAGCUAUGGGUUAGACUGGGCUGAACCAUGACUGCCAGCUGAAAGCACCUCCGACUAAAGAUGUCAGCUCCACUCGGGCCACGGGGCAGCGCAGCCUCUCCUCCUGCGGCAGCUGAACAGGCGGUGAUGCCGGACCUGAGCUACCUAACCGAGGCGGAAAAAAAGAUCAUCCUCUCGGUCAUGGACCGACAGCGGAAAGAAGAGGAGAAAGAGCAGUCCAUGCUGAAGAAAACUCCAAAUGAAGAGCCAAAGCCCCAGCUUUCUACGUGGAAUCAUUUUGUUUGUCUCUCUGAGAUGAUUAGUAAUGUUCUUCAGCUGCACUCAAAGUCUCCAGCUGAAGAGGAGACCAAAUCGAAGCUGCACCGGCAGUUCGAGACGUACAAGGACCAGGUGAAGAAGAUCGGUGAGGAGGCUCAGAAGGGCCAGGAGCCAAAGGGUGACUCUCCCGUCUGUGGGAUCUGCCACAAAACCAAGUUCGCUGACGGAUGCGGCCAUGUCUGUUCUUAUUGCCAAACCAAGUUCUGCGCUCGGUGCGGAGGCCGAGUGUCUCUGCGCUCCAACAAGGUAAUGUGGGUUUGCAACCUGUGCCGAAAACAACAAGAAAUCCUCACCAAGUCAGGGGAGUGGUUCUACAGCAGUGCUGAGGGCUGUGACCUUGGGUUGGACACCGGAGGGCCGGGAGAACCGUCCAGAGGUGCCGUACGGAAUAACUUCAACAUUGCUGUGAAAAGGCGAGGAAGGCCAUCACCAUCCAGGGACCCAAUCACGGUGUAUAACCAAAGAGAGGGGGCGGGAGGAUCGCAGCAUGCACCGGUGGGCGGUGGCAUGGCUCACUCUCCGUCCGACUACGGACGCGAAUUGGGUCUCUCCCCACGGGACUCCAGGAUGUACGAGGAACAGAGCGUCUACAGAGAUGGAUAUGGCUACAGUGAUGGCUACAGCAAUGGCAGCGCAUACCGGGAUGGGCGCGGACGCUGGCUCUCUCAGGAGCAGCGCCUGAGCGGACGGCCAGAUGACUAUGAGCUGCGUCGGCGCCGGGAAGAGGCCUACCGGGCCCAGUACCGCAGCGACCCCAACCUGGCGCGCUACCCAGUCAAGCCGCAGCCUUAUGAAGAGCAGAUGCGCAUACAUGCUGAGGUGUCACGGGCCCGGCAUGAGCGUCGCCAUAGUGACGCCUCACUGGCAUAUGGCGAGCCGGAGGAGCCUCUCUAUGCUGACGGCCUGUCGCGUCGCUCCUACUCAGUGGAGCGUGGCCCACUGUCGCCCCAUCGCAGCCCAGUGCUGGGCGACAGGAGGUGGGGGCCGGGAGACCCCAGCAGGAUGCACCGGCUGGACCCGAGUGUGGCGCUGCACAGUGCCGACAGUAUGAUGCGGACUGAGUCGCACGUCUCGAACCACACAGAGGCGGGAAUGCCCCCCUCACCGCGCAUGGCCCGCGGGCUUCGGCCGGAUGAAUACAGCCCCAUGGGCAGUUUCAGCUGCUCAGAGGAGGAGGAGCUGCUCACCACACCCGAAUACACCAGCUGUGAGGACGUGGAGCUGGAGUGUGAGUCAUUUGGUGAGAAAGGAGACAUGGAUGGUCACUGGUGGGACGGGCACCAUGCGUCUUGGCCUAGUGAAGCUUCCCCUAUGUCCAUGCACUCUGUUACAUGGCAGCCGUCGAAAGAUGCAAAAUUUCUGAUGGGACGGAUUUUGCUGAACAAGCGGCUAAAGGACGGCACAGUUCCCAGAGACACUGGCGCUCUGCUGGGCCUGAAGGUGGUUGGAGGGAGGAUGACGGAAUCUGGUCGACUUUGUGCUUUCAUCACCAAGGUGAAGAGAGGAAGUUUAGCAGAUAUUGUUGGCCAUCUCCGACCAGGUGACCAGGUGCUGGAGUGGAAUGGGAGGGUGCUGGAGGGAGCCACGUUCAAGGAAGUUUACAAUAUUAUUCUGGAGUCAAAGCUAGAACCCCAGGUGGAGCUGCUGGUCUCCCGGCCCUUUGGGGAUCUCUCCAGAGCUCCUGAGAGCACACAGGCACAGUUGGAAACAAAUUCAGGUUCCUUUGAACCUCAGAAAAUGGGGCCCUCCAUCUCAGUGACCUCUCCCAUGAGUCCGGGUGUGCUCCGGGACGCUCCACAGUACCUCUCUGGCCAGCUCUCAAGUCCAUGCCUUAAUAGAAGAACUACGCCUUUUCUCCCUAGGGUCCAGGUGAAACUGUGGUAUGAUAAAGUGGGACACCAGCUCAUUGUCACCAUCCUGGGAGCCAAAGAUCUGCCUCCACGGGAGGACGGGCGACCCAGGAACCCUUACGUCAAAAUCUACUUCCUUCCUGAUAGAAGUGAUAAAAGCAAAAGGAGAACAAAGACGGUGAAGAAGUCGCUCGAGCCGAGGUGGAACCAAACAUUUAUGUAUUCGCCUGUGCACAUGCGCGAGUUCCGGGAGCGCAUGCUUGAGAUCACGGUGUGGGACCAGGCUUGCGUGCGCGAGGAAGAGAGCGAAUUCCUCGGCGAGAUUCUCAUAGAGCUGGAGACGGCCUUGUUCGAUGAUGUGCCUCACUGGUAUAAACUGCAGACCCAUGACCACACCUCUAUGCCCCUACCUAACCCCUCCCCCUACAUGCAGAGACGCCUCCUUCAGGGGGAGGCACACGGUCGCAGGCUGCAGAACCAAGGCCCAUAUUAUUACAGCCAAGGAUCACAGCGGAUCAGUGAUGGCGAAUACUCUGACUAUGACUGCGAUGAUGGAGUCGGUGUGAUAGCAGAUUACCGGCCCAAUGGCAGAGAUUUCCAGAGCUCUACCCUGUCUGUUCCGGAGCAGGUCAUGUCAUCCAGUCACCGCUCCCGAUCUGAAAUGAUGCGCACGCGCUCUCGCUCUCCCAGUGUCCCACCCCCACAGAGUCGAAGUUUAGACCAUGGAGUGCGAGGAGCACCUUCCUUCUAUGCCUCCCGCCAUCGGCUGUCUGAAGACUGGUACUUUUCAGACAGGUACAGCCGCAGUGUGGCGAACAGACAUUACAGGUCCAGGUCAGCUGACCAGAGAUCCAUGAUGGAGAGACCUGUCUACACCCGCUCACGCUCGACUGAGCGCCCCGAAUCAGCCUACAUGAGGUCCAUGCCAUCCUUACCCUCCAGGAGAUCUGCCCCUCCCUCUCCUGCUCUAACGAGGGCAAACCCACAUGCUGGGUCAGUCCAAACCAGCCCUGCAAGUACCCCAGCCUGCAGCCGGGUGGGCCGACAGCUGCCCCAUGUCCCACCCUUGGGGUCUAUGGACAGGAAUGGUGGUGAGGCAGUGACUGAAACUUAUGAAGAGGUGACGUGGGAAGACCAGCAGCAGAGCAGAGCCAUGGCAGAGCCAGUGACAGAAAAUGGAAAUGCAGGUUCUCUGAUGGAUCCAUCCAGGCGAGAGGCAGACGGCCAACCCAUGAAAUCGUCGGACAGUGAAGUGAGUGACCUUUCGAGUGUGUCUCGGCUGAGCAGCGCCAGCUACGUGUCCGCUCAGUCCGAAAGGGCACGCACCACCCGCAAGAUCAGCCGUUCCGAGGCUGUGAAGAGCCAGUCCCAGGGGGAGGAGGGCGUUGUGGCGCAGGGCACAGGUCCCCCGGCGGGAGGAGCAGACGGGGCAGGGGCAGGAGGCGGAGAAUGCAUGAUUAUUAAAAAAGACGAGAAGGUGCAAGAGGAGUUCAUAGACAUAGCAGCACCUGUAGCUGAUGGCAGUGAGUUUACGUCCAAAAUGAAAAACAGUGCUCCAUCAGAUGCCCCCAGCUCCAACAUCACCAAGAGCUCGAGUGUGGGUGGGGACAUGUGCACCCUGGGCCGAACCGAGGAGGAGGAGGAAGAGAAGAACAGACGCUCUAGCUUCGGAACCAAGAUGGUCACCAUGGUGAACAUGGGCAAGAAAAGCCAGAGCACCUCCCAGCUGGGCCCUGAAGAGGAUGCAAAGAAGAAGAAGGCUGGCCGUCUGUCAAUCCAGAGGAGUGUGGAGACGGGAUUGGCCGUGGAGAUGAAGAGUAGGAUGACUCGACAGCCCAGCCAAGAGGUGGCUGAAGAUGGAGACAAGUCCAAGCUUGGGAAUCUCAUCUUCCCUGGCAUAAAGCUCUCAACAGACAGCCAGUUUACAGAAUUUUUGGAUGGGUUAGGCCCCGCCCAACUUGCUGGGCGCCAAACGCUAGCCACGCCUCCAAUGGGCGACAUCCAGAUUGGUAUGGUUCACAGGAAAGAGCGGCUGGAUGUGGAGGUGAUCCGUGCCAGAGGACUGGUGGGCAAAGGUGGCAACAAACAGACACCAGCUCCCUAUGUUAAAGUGUACCUGCUACACAACGGCAAGUGUAUCAACAAGAAGAAGACACGUGCGGCAAGGAAAACCCUGGAUCCUCUGUACCAGCAACAGCUGCAGUUCGAGGAGAAUCCAGAAGGCAAGAUUUUACAGAUCAUUGUGUGGGGGGACUAUGGCCGCAUGGACCAUAAGUCCUUUAUGGGUGCUGCCCAGAUACUAUUGGAUGACCUGGACCUCACCAACAUGGUCAUUGGCUGGUACAAGCUGUUCCCACCCACCUCGCUGGUGGACCCCACGCUGGCACCUCUGACCAACAGGGCCCCGGAGGGGGUGGCAGACGGCUCCAGUGUGCGCUCGUAGCCAGUGGGCAGCCAGCGUGGGGCUUGGGACUGCGGGGGGGGAGUUUUGGGGAAGAUGCUUGAUUCAGGCCCCUCCCAUCAUCUGAGCCCAUGGGAUGGGAGGCUGGGUAGCAGCCUGUGUCCUUCUGCCAAAUGAAAAGCAACAGGACAAGGGAGAGGAGUCAGCCACACAGAAGGACAACAGAGCUGAACGCCGCGGACAUACGUGCAGACUGACAUGGUGUGGACGAUCGUGUGGCUGCAGUGAAGAAAACCCCACAGAAUUGAUUUUUUUUUUUUUUUUUUUUUA